GCGGGAGUUGCGCUUUGCUGAACGCAGCCUCGGGCCGUUUCGAAGAAGCACAGCCGGGGUUUCUGGUGACAUCACGUAGGAAAGUACACAGUCUCACGGCGCAACACUGACCCCGAAAACAACAAGACGCGGUCUCAUUUCCACCGACAACGGCUCAUGACACCGUCGUAGGAGCCCCAGGUCUUACUACAGCAAUGGAGAAACCUCCCUUCAGACAGAACCAGAACUGCGGAGACUGGGAGCUGAAAGAGAGGCUGGGCAUGGGCAGCUUUGCCCAUGUUUACCUCUACCAACAUCAUGAAACAAACGAAAAACUAGCUGUGAAAAUGUGCCGCCUAGAGCUCACGCCAAGGAACAAGGACAGAUGGAGCAGAGAAAUCCAAAUCAUGAAAAAAUUAAAUCACUUAAAUGUUGUGACAGCCCGAGACGUCCCAGAGGAGAUGAAGCACAUAGCCUUAAAUGAUCUUCCACUGCUGGCCAUGGAGUACUGCUCCAGGGGAGACCUGAGGAAGGUGCUGAGCAAACCUGACAACUGCUGCGGUUUGAAAGAGAGUGAAGUGCUUUCAUUACUCAACGAUGUUGGAUCUGGUAUCCAGUAUCUGCACGAAAACAAGAUCAUACACAGAGAUCUUAAACCUGAAAACAUAGUGCUGCAAGAUAUCAAUGGAAAGCUGGUUCACAAAAUCAUCGAUUUGGGCUAUGCGAAAGACCUGGACCAGGGUAGUCUGUGUACCUCCUUUGUCGGCACGCUGCAGUACCUGGCACCUGAGCUGUUCGAGAAUAAGCCUUACACUGUUACUGUGGACUACUGGAGCUUUGGCACGAUGAUAUUUGAAUGCAGUUGUGGUUUUCGUCCUUUCUUGCACAACCUGCAACCUGUGCAGUGGGCUAGCAAAGUGCGGAACAAAGGUCCCAAAGACAUUAUGGCUGUAGAAGAACUGAAUGGAGAAGUCAGAUUCUCCACACACCUCCCCUACCCCAACAAUCUCAGCAGGACACUGUCGGAGCCGAUGGAGGCGCUGCUUCAGCUAAUGUUAAAGUGGGAUCCUGUCCAGAGAGGAGGCAAAGUGAACCCUGACACCAAGAAACCCCUUUGCUUUGAAGUACUGGAGCAGAUACUGAGUAUGAAGGUUGUCCACAUCCUGAACAUGACCACAGCUCAGGUCCACUCUUUCCAGCUGACUCCAGACGAGAGUCUCCACAGUCUGCAGAAGCGCAUUGAGGCCGAGACCAAGAUCGAAGUGGUGAACCAGGAGCUGCUGCAGGAGACAGGCGUGUCACUGGACCCCAGAAAGCCGGCUGCACAGUGUGUCCUAGAUGGCGUGAGAGGGUGGGAUAGCUACAUCGUCUACCUGUUUGACAAGAGCAUCACCAAGUACUCUGGUCCCCUCAGCGCCAGACAGCUGCCUGACAAAGUCAACACUAUCGUCCAAGAGGCCAAGACCCAGCUGCCCCUGGUUGCGUUGAAGAAGGUUUGGGGUGAAGCAGUGAGCUACAUCUGUGGUUUGAAGGAGGACUACAGCAGACUUUUCCAAGGACAGAGGGCUGCUAUGUUGAGCCUCCUGCGCUACAACACCAACCUGACUAGGUGUAAGAACAGCAUGUUUGGCUUCUCUCAGCAGCUGAAAGCCAAGCUGGACUUCUUCAAGAGCAGCAUCCAGUACGACCUGGAAAAAUACAGCGAUCAGAUGCACUAUGGCAUAUCCUCUGAAAAGAUGCUGAAAGCCUGGCAGGAGAACGAGGAAAGAGCUGCUGCUUUUGCACAGGUGGCAGAGGUGAGCCAUUUGGAUGAUGAGAUCAUGGCUCUGCACUCUGAGAUAGUGGAACUUCAGAGGAGCCCGUACGCCCGACGCCAAGGAGACAAGAUGGAGCAGCUAGAAGAAAAAGCGAUCAACCUCUAUAAGCAACUGAAGAUGAAGUGCAAAAUACCUGAGCCAGAUGUGAGCAGCGACAGCUCUGAGAUGGUGAAGGCCAUCAUUCAGACUGUCCAGAACCAAGACAAGGUCCUCAAAGAUCUGUACACCCACCUCAGUAAGAUCCUGAUAAGCAAACAGAAGAUCAUUGACUUGUUUCCACGAAUUGAGAAAACCCUGGAGAGCAUCAAGGAUGCUGAUAACACAGUGAUGCAGAUGCAGAUAAAGAGACAGAGAGAGUUCUGGCACUUACUGAAGAUUGCUUGUGCUCAAAACUCGUCACGUAGCUCGAUAGCAGCCAGUCCCGAGUCAUCCAACCUGCUGCAGGUUUCUCAGUGGUCACAGUCAGCACAGCCUGUCAGCUCCCCACAUCCUCUAACCUCCCUACCCGGGCCAAAUGACAGUGAUGCUGCCCCGCGCCUGCUGCAGGAGAACCAGAAGUACCUCAGUCAGCUGACCAGCCUGAUGCAGGAGGCUGCUGAUGAACAGGCCAAGAGCAUAGUGGACCAAGACUGGAGCUGGACGAAAUACGAAACUUUAACAACAAAAUUAAAAAAGCGAAAUGCGUAAGACCUGUUGCGUCCUCCGUCCCUGCUUGUGCUCCGAGUAACACUAAGGACUGUAAGCUGUAUCACAGCGGAAUGGCACCAAACAUUGUACAGUUGUACAUGGACUUGGGAUAUUCUCUUUAAAAAACAAAACAAAAACAAAAGGGUUCUCUUGAUCUUCUUUUUAAAAAAUAAGACCGGGUUCACACAUGCUCAGUGGUGUCUGCCCACUCCCAUCGUCUCACCUGGAGGAAAGUUUGAUCAAUGAAUAUUCUUGUUUUUGUAUGAGAAAACAGACGAAGCCGUGUCUCUCCACUCCUUUUCCUUUUGCUGCACAAUAUUUAUCAUAACUCAUUAUAACUGAUGAUAUUCAUUUUAACUGUUAUUGCAAACAUGAGCAAAACUGUAGCACCACAUUUGAGGGUUUGAGGUGGAUUUGUGACACGGGAGGAUGGUCGACAAACGCGGGAACUAGUUCAGCCCACCGACACACAAGGAAAAGGCAGGAAUUGGUCGGGGGUGUGGCGGGGGGUUGAGGAGGAAAUUACAAUCACGCAAACAGCACUUUGAUACUCCCACGUAUCCUCUCUGCAAAGAGACGAAACGUUCCAGGCUGCCAAGACUGUCGCAGGGUUUAAAGUCAUGACAAGACAGAAACUGUUGUCACUCAAAAUCAAUUUGUAAUAUUUUACUAUAAUCAUUAUGGGGUUUAAAUUCUAUGUACAUGUUGUUUUGAUUUACACUUUUUUUUUCUUUUUUUUUUUUUUAAAUAAAGUGUUAUACAUCAUAGGCAGUGUUUUGUCAUGAUAUGUGUGACAGAUGUGGCUGGCCAUUAUAUUUAUACAAUGUCUAUACUGUACAUCUGUCCUUUUAAAAAUCAGUUUUAUGUCUCAUUUAUGUGCACAUACUAUUUCUUCGGAUGGUAAAUGCUGUGUUUGUGUCAUAUAAAGCUGAAACAGUUAAUCAGUAGUCAGGUUUAGGGGAUGAGUCAAUUAAUUGACUGGUCCAGUGAAAGAAAAACGAUCAACUGAUUUGACAAUCAGUCAAUUGUUUAUGGUUUUGGACAUAUGGACGCAUACAGAAAGCUAUUUGAAGACAUCCCCUUGGGCUCUGGGAAAUUAUUGAUAAGGAUUUUCCACUUGUUUUUUUUUUUUUUUUUUUUUUUCGGUCAUAUAUGAUGGUAAACUGAAUACUUUUGGUUUUUAGACUACUGCUUGGAAGACACGAGCAGUUUUAGAGGAAAAUAUGUCAGCACAUCCUCCAGCAGUAUGCAGCUGAAUUAAGUGCUUCUCCGUUUGUGGACUGCAAACUUCCAGGGGGAAGAGGGACUGGAACACAGUGAUUUUAUUUGCAGCCUUUUAAUAACACAAACAGAUCAACAUUUACACACGUUUAGCCACAUAAAACAAUUUUACUUGUCAUUGGAUAAUUGGGUUCAAAUCUAUUGUCAAUUUUGACUCUUGUUGUUUCGAAAACGUUGUAUUGUUUGCAUUGUGAAACGCUGCAAAUCAAUCAGCCUGCGCCAGCCCCUUGUUUUCCCUUGGAGCACUUUUUAUGCAGAGAAAUGACCAUAGGCAUAUUUCAGGAGGGAAAUGUAUCUAUUAAUCUGCUGACAAAUAUUAAUAGAUAAUGAACAAAACUGCAGCCCUAAAUGCCAUGUGGGAGUUGUUUCCGACUUGUGAAUAAAGUUUGCAUCAAUAUUCAAGACAUGAUUAUUCCAGGACGCUCAGGUUUUCAGAAAAGCUCCGGUACAUCCGAUUGGUGCCUAAAGCCCCUGAAAACUUGGCGACAAAAUCUUACGUAUUUCUCCAUAACGUUAAAUAUUCAUGACUACAUUAUCACCAAAGUUCUUUAAUCUGCUUCAUGAGGAUUGUUUGGGUGUAGUUUGAUCAGAUUUGAUUGACAGCAACCAAACAUCCCACCAACUGUCAAAUCCUGAUUGGAGCAGAGGAGUCCAUGGCAUCACCUUUUUCUAAUUUAGCCCCGUCCGCUUGAAACCAGUGAAAAGACCGAAGACAGAAACAGAAAUCACUCAUGUGAAAUACCCAAUAGUGUGUUGAUGUAGGCUCCUGUUACUUAUUGUAAAAAUCUGAUAGAAGAAAAUAAGUUUUCAGUGCUUUUAAAAACAACUCCCAUCGUUCAAGGUAGUUAAACCCAAAUUUGUUGAUGGUGCACAGUAUUUACCCUCACAUGACCAUCUCUGCUGUCACACGGGAGUUGUACAUGUGGGGGCACUCACGUGCUGUAAAAAGUACUACAACAAACAAAUAUUUUCCUUAUUAUUAUUAUUAUUAU